AUGUCCGCAUUUGCCUCUGAUUUCGCGGCCAAAAUUACAAAGAACGCGACCGGUCCCUCCCGCGUGGCAUGCAGUGGCACUAUGGUCGUGGGGUAUAUCCUUCAAUUUGAAAUAUCUCUAGAUAUCGCUGUUGACAAUUGCGCUAUAUGCAGAAAUCAUAUUAUGGAUUUGUGCAUUGAUUGCCAAUCAACGGCUACAUCUUCAUCUGGCAUUGUCGAUGAAAACAUCCUUUCCCAAGGCGUACGCUUCUCCUCACAGGAUACACAGGCAUCUCAGAUGAGCAAUCCAUCAUCAACGCCAAGUGAUGAGUGCGUUGUCGCUUGGGGCCAGUGUAGCCAUGCUUUUCAUAAUCAUUGUAUAUCUCGAUGGCUAAAAACGAGAAAAGUUUGCCCGUUGGAUAAUAAGGAAUGGAUAUAUGCCCCUCAGGCUACCGUCGCUCUAAAUAAAGCUGCGAAUUAG